AUGGAUAAAUUCGAUUUAUUUAAUUAUAGAGUUUUACUUUUAAAUGAAUUCAAAGAAAAUGAAAUUGUAAAUAAUUUUUCAAAUAUUAAAGUAAAAUAUGAAACUAAAUUGUUAAAAUUACUUGAAAAUAUAAAAAAUAAUUAUAUAAAUAGUAACAAAAAUGAUGUAGAAUAUGUGAGUAACGAAAAUAAUGAAGAUAAAAUAAAUAAUAAUAUAAAUUAUGAAGUUGAAAAUAAUAAUAGGGGAGAAUUAAUUAAUAAAAAUGACGUUGAUCAUUUAGUUAAUAAAAAUAAGGAUAUAGAUGACUUAAGUUAUUUAUCAAACGAAAAUUAUCAAAAAAAUUAUAAAAGAAAAAGAAGUGAAAACUCUUAUGAUGAAAUUGAGGAACUAAAAAAAAAGAAAACAGGAGAUUUGAUAGAUGAAACAGCAUAUUUAUUAAAUGAAAUAGGAAGUAGUGAAAAUAUAAAUUCUUUAAAUGAAUACAUAAAAUUUGAUGAUGAUUUCAAGUUUUUAAAUCAAAAAGAUUACUUAUUUGAAAUUCCAAUAAAAGAACAUUGUGAUAUGAAAAAUAUUUUUACCAAUUUUUUUGAUGAAAUUAAAAAUAAAAAUUAUGUAAAUAUUUGUAGAAAAAUAUAUUUAGAAUCAGUAAGAAGGAAUCUUAAAAAAAUAGAAGCAGAAUCUUACAUUUCUCAUUUUCUUUUAGCAAAAGAUUGUUUUAAUAAAUUAAAAAGUGAUUUAUCUUUGUUUUAUUUUGAUUUUUUUUUGUGUAUUUUAAAAGGAUCAGUAACAGUUGAUAGUGGAAUAAGUUUUAUUGUUGAUGAUUUAAUAAGUGUCCAUCAUAAUAUUUUUGAGAAAUUAAGAAAUAUUAUAGGUAGUAAAGAUUUUUUCGAAAAAAAUGUUGUAAAUGAGAAAGAAAGUAUAAAAGAAAAGGAAGAGUUAUUAAGAAGAUAUAUAAACGCACCUUUUAAAGAAAUGAUCUUAAAUAGUAUACAUUAUUUAAUAGAAAUAAUAGAUAAUUUAAAAGAAUAUGAUAAGGAUCUAUAUAUUAAAUAUAAAGAUAUUUUAGCAAAAUGCAUAACCUCCUUAGAAAAAAAUAAAGUAAUAUGUUAUAAGGAAGCAGCUACUUAUAUUGAAUGUAAAAAUUUUGAUAAGUUAAAUUUAUUUAAUAAAGAACUAAAUAAGUUAGUUACAAAAAUGAAAACAAAAAAUAUAUAUAGUAUUUCAGUUUAUAAUUUAAUAAGAGAAAAUGUAAAUGGAUAUUCAAAAAUAAUUUUUUUGUUAGAAAAUUUUUUUUCUAAUAAUAAGAAAAGUGGAACUAAUCAAAAAAAUAUAAUUUCAAAUUUAUUUUUAAAAUAUAAAAAUAAAAAAUAUAACUCUAAAAAAAAAAAAAAAAAUGAAUUAAUUAAGAUGAAAUACAAAGAUAAUGAUCUUCACACAUUUAAUAAUACAUUAUCAUCUACAAUAACAGAAAAAAAACCAAUUAAAAACAAUAAUGAACAAAAUUUAAUUAAUAAUAUUACAUCAUUUAAUGAUAGUUUUGUUGAAUAUUAUAAUAUAAAAACAGAUGAUACGAAAUUAGAAAAUGAUGUAGAUAUAAAUAAACAAGGUAACUAUAAAGAUAUGGAAAAUACAGGGAGAGAGGAUUUUUUCAUUAAAAAUGAAAAAAAACAUAAAUCUGAAAAUGAAGAUAAAUAUAAUAGAUAUAUUAAAAGAAAUAAAAAAAAGUGGAAGAGACAUUUGAAUUGUUAUUAUUGUAAUGAUUUAAUAAAAUUAAAAAAAAAUAUUUUUUAUAUAUCAGGGUUACAUAAUUUAUGUCCACGUAGAAUUUUAUCAAUACUAUUAUUUUAUUAUGAACAAAAUGUAAACAGUGAAAAACAGCUACUUCCUUUGUUUUAUUUAUAUUCUAAAGAAACUAUAACGGAUAUAAUAAUAUUGGAAUUGAAAAUAAGAAAUAACUAUUUGAAAGAUAUUGAAAAAGAAGAAUUGCUUAAAUUAAAAUUGAUUAAUAAAAGUGAUGAUAUAGAAGAAAAUUAUCAGUCUAAGUUUCUUUUUAAUGCUAAUAAUUUUUUUAGUUUUAAUUAUUUUAAAAUGUGCUCUAUAUUAAUAUUAAAUGAUUUAUUAAAUAUAAAUGUUUUUUAUUCACAUAUAUUACCAAAUGAUUUAUUAUUAAAAAAUGCAUUCGAAGAAUUAUAUAAAAAGUUUUAUAAUGAUUACGAAAGUUCACAUUUAAAUAAAUUGUCUUCUUUUUUUUAUUACAACAUUCCAUUUAAUAUAAAUAAAAUAUAUGAUUUAUGUGAAAAAGUGAAUAAAUAUUGUUUGAAAAAUAAAAAUAAUGAUAAAAUGAAAAUAAAUAAUUUAGAGGAUAAUUAUAGUGACAUUCCUACUUGUACAGAUAUUUUUAUAAGUAAUAAUGAUAAUAAUACUAAUACUAAUAAUAAUAGCAAUAAUAUUAAUAAUAAUAAUAAUAACAAUAAUAACAAUAAUAAUAAUAAUAUUAAUAAUAAUGAUAAUAGUCAUAAUAAUAUUAAUUACAAUGAUAAUAAUAAUACUACUACUAAUAAUAAUACUAAUAGUAAUAAUAAUAAUAAUAUUAAUUACAAUGAUAAUAAUAAUACUAAUAAUAAUGAUAAUAACCAUAAUAAUAUUAAUUACAAUGAUAAUAAUUAUAAUACUAAUAAUAAUAAUGCUAAUAUUAAUAAUAAUAUUAGCAAUACUAAUACUAAUAAUAAUAACAAUAAUAUUAAUAAUAAUAUUAAUAAUAAUAAUAAUGAUAGUAAUACGAAUACUACUAAUAAUAACAAUAAUAUUAAUAAUAUCAAUAAUAUUAAUAAUAAUUAUAAUGAUAAUAAUAUUAAUAAUAGUAAUAAUGAUAAUAAUGAUAAUAGUAAUAGUUAUAAUAAAUAUAUAGACAAUAAUAAUAUUAAUAAUUAUAAUAAUGAUAAUAAUAUUAAUAAUAGUAAUAAUAAUAAUGAUAAUAAUAUUAAUAAUAGUAAUAAUAAUAAUAAUAAUAGUAAUAAUAGUAAUAAUAAUAAUGAUAAUAAUAUUAAUAAUAGUAAUAAUAAUAAUAAUAAUAGUAAUAAUGAUAAUAAUGAUAAUAGUAAUAGUUAUAAUAAAAAUAUAGACAAUAAUAAUAUUAAUAAUAAUACUAAAAGCAUAACUAAAAUUUUAGAGGAAAGUGAUCCUUUCUUUAUUUAUGAUUCUGUUUUGAAUUAUUUGUUAAAUACAAAAAAUUGUGAAUUAAAAAAGAAAUAUGAACAAAAUAUAGAAUUAAAUAAUAAGGAUGCAAUAGAAGUUUAUUUAUUUGACAUGUUAAAUAAUAAAUCUAAUAACAAAGAAAAUUUUAUUAAAAAUUUGAUUGAAAGAGAAAUUAAGAUAAGGAUGGAAAUAAAUAAUUCGAAAUAUUCAUCUUAUGUAAAUUCAUAUAAUUAUUUAUUUUUAGAAGAAGAUAGUUAUUUCUUUAUUUUAAGUAGAAUAUUUUUUAUGAAAAAUCCGAAAUUUUUAUUUUUGUCUUCAUUAAUUGAUUUAAAUGCAUGGUAUUUUAUAAAAAAAAUUUCAAAUCAUAUGGCUACUUAUAAGUGUAAUCCUUUUUUAAAUUAUUAUGUUAACCUCUCUUUAUCUAAGUUGAUAAAUUAUGUUAUCUCUUCAUUUGAAAAGGUUUACUUAAAUAACAGUGCAGAUAAUAAUAAUUGUAAUCAUAUAGAACCUUCAUCUUGUAUUGAUGAAAAAAAUUCUUCAUGUAGAUGUAAAAAAAAUUAUAUAUCAUAUAAUGGAAAUAGUUUUGUAGAAUAUAAUGAGACUCAUUUGAAAAAUGAGGAAGGAAAUGAAAAAGAAAAUGAAAUAAAAAAUAAAGAAGAGAUAAAAGAUUCAAAUAAGUAUUAUUUUAGCGAUUAUAAUAAAAGAAAUAAGAAAGUUAGAUUAUUAAAUAAAGCGAGUUCAAGUAAUGCAUGUUUCUUUUGUAAUAUUGAUUUAUGUUCUUAUAAAUUGUGUAGUUAUGAAUGCAUUAAAGUUAUAAAAAGAAACAAAAAAUUUUUUCAAAAUUUAUUUAAAAAUGAAAAAAAAAUUGAGAUUAAAAGGAAAAAAAUUAAACAACUAAUUAAAUUAAAUAGCAUUAGAAUCAUGAAAAAUGAAAGAAAAAAAAAAUUGGGAAGAAAUAAUAUAAAAACAAAAAGUUUUAUUAUUUUUAAAAAAUUAAAUUCAAUUCUUUUUAAUAAAGGUUCUCAAAAUGGUUCUCCAUUAUUUUCUAUUAAUCAUUUAUCUGAUUCUUCUUUAUCAUCAUCUGUUUCAUCAAUAAACAAUAAUAGCAAUUUAUCAUCUGUUGAAAAUUCCUGUUUAAAUAAAACAAGAAACAUAAAAAGCAAAAAAGAAAAAAAAAGUAGUGAUAAUUUAUUGAAUAAUUCUACAAAUAGUGGAAAUAUGAAAAAUAUCCAUUUAAAUUUUGAUACAUUUUUGAAUUUUUUUAUUUCAAAUAAAGAAAAAAAUAGUUACAUAAAAAAAAUUAAAACAAUUGAUGAUUUUUUUGAAAGGAUAUUAAUAUUUUUAAAAUAUUUAGGUUAUUUUGGUUAUAUAUAUAAAUCAUUAAUAAAAAAAAUACUAAAUAUUUUAUGUGCUUAUGUAAAAAAGUUGAAUGUUAACUCUAAUAAUUUUCAUAAAAAUUUUGAUAAUUUAUUUGUAAAAUUUCUUUUUUUUUGUUUAAUUAAUGAUGAUGAAGAAAGCAAAAAUAUUAAUGAGGAAAUAUGGAAUAUAUUAAGUUUAAUUCCUGUCUCAAAAAGAUAUAAUAUAUAUCUCAAGUUUUUUAAAAAAUUAGAAAAAUAUAAGAAGGAUAUUUCAAAAUUAAAAAAUAUAAAUGAUAGUAAUAACAAAUCAGAAAAUUCAGUGGUUGAAAAUGAACAUAAUUCUAUAAGUAAAGUAUCUAAUGAAAAUAUAAAUUUAUUAAAAAAUGAAAUAAAUAAUAGCAUUUCAAAUGUGAAUGUAUCUAAAUAUAUAACUAAAAAUUGCUAUUCAGUAGCAAUAUUGUCUAAUAUUAACUUUGAAAUAAUUAAAAAUAAAUUGAGAAAAAUAAUAAAAAGAAUAACAUCUGAUAUAUUAAAAGAUAGAUAUAAUGCUAAUGUUCAAAAUAUGCUAAUGCAAUUCACGAAAUUAAUUAAUUUAAAUCCUUUUGUCGCAUCUGAAGUUAUUUUACAACAAUGUGAACUCUUUGAUAGUAAUAUGAUUAUAACAUUAUCAGAAUCAAUAAAAAAUAUACAUAGUUUAUCGAGUGAUAUAUUUCUGUUUAAAAUUAUUGAGAGACAACAGUUAUUAAAUGUUAAUAGUUAUCAAUUAAGUAAGCAAUGUAAUAAUAACAAUUCAGAUACUUUUGAAAAUUCUAUUUUAAAGCCAAAAAAACUUAUAAAUCUUUCAUUAGUAAGUGCAAAAUUUUUAUCAAAACACCCAUCUGUUGAAAUUUAUCCUCUUAUUAUUUCAAUUAUAAAAAGAAUAUUUUCUGAAUUUCACACAACUGAUGAGCUUUUUUUAAGGGAUAAAAAUUUUGUAUAUAAUAAAUUAAGAAAUGACAAAAUUAAACAUCUAGAAAAGUUUAAUUUAAACUCUAAAUUAAAUGAAAUUAGCGUUCCUAAUUCCGAUAUCCUUAACAUCAACAAAGAUAUCAAAAAAGAAGAAUUAGAAAGUAAUAAAGAUGAAAAAAAAGAGGAUAAUGAAAAAAAUAAUCAAGAAAAUAAAGAAGAUGAUAUAAAAAAAAAUAUUAAAGAAAAACAAAACAUGAGUAAUGAUGAAAAAAUACAAAAAUUUAAUAAGGAAGAACAGGAGGAUAAUAAGGAUGAGAGAGAAGAAAAUAUAAAAAAAGAAGAAUCUAAAAAUGAUGUGAACAAAUUUAAAGAAGAUAUUACAAAUAUCACAAAUGAAAAUAAGGAAUUUAUUUUAAAUGAUACGAGUAAUUUAUAUGAUGAUAUUUAUAAUGGUAUCAGUAAUAAUAUAUUAUAUAAUCAUAAAAACGAAGAUAAAAUAAAUAAUGAGACAAGUGAAUUAAAACUAUCAAUUUUAAAAGCAUUAAAUAAAAAAUAUCCAAAUGUUAUGACUGGUUUUAUAUUUGAUUUAGAUUAUAUUCAAAAAUUGAUUGAAAUAUAUGGUGGGACUAAUGCAUGCGUAGAUGUUCAAGAGUUGAAUGAAGAUCAGUUGAAUGCACAAUGUGGAUAUAAAUUGUUAAAAGAAGAAAUUAUGAUUUUAGAGAAUAAUUUAAAUUUAAAUAUAAAUAAUACAGAUUAUGAGUACAUAGAAAAAGCAGAAUUAGAGGAUGAGAAAUUAAAAAAAUUGUGUAUUAAAAAUGCAACUGAGACUUUAAUAAAUCCAAAUAUAAUUUAUUUGAUUUUUUUUAUUUUAUCAAAAUUAAAAGUUGAAUAUUUAUUUGACAGUAAUACUAGUAAUUUAAGAAAUUUAUCUUCUUUGGUAGAUAAAAUACAUGGUGUUUUAUUGCAAUUUAUUGAUUUUCUUCAAAAUAAUUGUGAUCCAUCUAUAUAUAUAUCAUUUAUUCCGAAUAUUUCAGAAAUUUUUGAAUUUUUUGAUAUUUCUCAAUCAUUUCAUAUAAUUAGAUUUUCAUUCCCUUUUUUUAAUGAAGAAAAAAAUAAAGAAUCAGAUAAUUUAUUGGAUGAAUUAAGCAAGUCUACAUGUAUAAAUGAUGAAAAAACUAAAGAUGUGAAUUAUUACAAAAAAAAAAUUGAAGUAAAAUCAAGUAAUAUAGCAGGUGAUAAAAAUAGUAAAAGUUCAGUUAGCAAUACGGUUAAUGUUGUAAAAGAAAUAAAAAUGGGAGAAAAAACAGGUUUAAAUAAAAUACAAGAAAAUAUGAAAGAAGAAAAAAAAAAUGAAAAUUGUUUUGAUAGUAAGAAAAGUAAUAACAUUGAUGAUAGUAAAAUGGACAAUCAAAAUAAUGAAAUAAGUAAAAAUAAUAACAUCGAAGGUGUGAAAAAGAAUGAAUACGAUUCUAGCUUUAACUAUUUAAAUGAAUAUAAAUGGAAGAAACUAUUAAUGCCUAUUAUUGAAAAAUAUUUAAAUGUAGAAAAUUUAAAUGGGAUAAAUAUUGAUUUUUACUUAACUUAUUGGAGAUUAAGUAUAACUGAUAUAUAUGUACCACAUAAACAGUACAUAAAAAUUUUAGAAAUAUAUGAUACACAUAUAAAAAAACUAGAAAAAUUUUCUGAAGAAAAUAAAAAAAAUGAAUAUAAAUGGGUUUAUAAAAAAAUUAAAAAGUUACGUUUAAGAAGAUCAAAUAUAAAAAAUGAAUAUGAUUAUCAUAUAACUCACACGAAAAAAAUAAAAAAAUUUUUAUCUCAUAUUGUAGAACAUUGGGUGAAUCCUCAAGAAAUUGGUUUAAAUACUUUUGUUGCCUUUAUUAAAUAUUUAAUUGCACCAAGGAUAUUAAAUAGUGAAAAAGAUGCUUUAUUUUGUUCAAAAUUUAUACAGAUAUUGUUAGAAUUUCACACACCUUUAUUUAAUUUAUGUGUUUUAAUUUAUGUUUUUACAAAAAUGUUAAUGCCACUUAUUAAUGCGUGUACUGAAAAAGAGGCAUUGAAUAUAGGAAUUUUUUUUAAUGAUUUUUUUUCAUAUAUAUACUUAUUAUGCGAUGAUGUUAAAUAUUUUACAAAUGUAUCAGAUAAAAAUCCUUGUUUUAGUUAUACAUUAAAUUUUCAAUCAAAAGACACAAUAAAACAUUCAUGCAUAGUAGAUAAAGUAUUCAAAUGGGAAAGAGUUAUUGUUUCUUUACUUUUUGAAAAUAAUAAUUCUGAAAAAUCAUGGAUUAAUUCCAAAUCUGUUGUUAUUUUUUUAUUUCGUUUUUUUAACUGUUUUCCUUAUUCAACGAAAAUUAAAAGUUCAAUAAAAACAAAUUUACAAAAAUUACAAAAUUAUGCUCAGAAUCAAGGCUGGAAGGAUAUUGUUAUAUCUAUCAAUAGUUUAAUAACCAUAAUGGAAAGGAAUAAAAAAACUAUAACAAAUGAAAAAAAAGAAGAAGUAGAAAUUAAAAAUCAAGAAAAUAAAACAAAUUCUUCAAGAACGAACGCAUCUUUUGUUAAUGUAGAUAAUAAUAUAACAAUGAAUCCCUUUAAUACAUCCAACUCAAUCCAAAUGAAUUCCAAUACUUCUUUUAUUCCAGUUUCUAAAAAUAUAUAUAACCCAAGUAUAUUUCCUGUUGCUCAAAAUCAUGUUAAUAUGUCUUCAAAACCAUAUAUAAAAGAAAAUAAUUUUAACAAUAAAAUUGUUUCUUCUCAAGAUCAAAAUAACGUAAUUUCACUAUCGACAAGAAAUUCAAAUUUAAUGAAUAAUAAUAAAGACAAUAGUAACAAAAGAAGAGAAGUUUUCAAUAAUAAUAUAAGAAAAAAUUUAGAUACAUAUCAAAAUUCACAAAAUGCAUUAUCACAUAUGAAUGACAAAAACAUUGUUAACAAAAAAUUAAGAGUGGAUAAUCGUAAUUUAAAAAACGAAAAUAUAAAUUAUACAAUGUCUCAAAAUUUUGUCAAUAUUCCUUCAUAUAUUCCACCACCAAUUAAUGAUAUACCACAGAACAAAGUAUUUUCAAAUAUUCACAAUCAUAUAAAAAAUAAUAGAAAUUCAAAUAAUUAUUGCAGAAGAUAA